AAAACCACAGCCACCAAACCCUAAAACUCCUCCUCCUCCUCCUCCUCCUUUUCAAGUCCUACCCACAAACCCAAUUAUGUGAUAAUCAUCAUCAUCAUAUAAUACCAAAAAUUUAUAAGAAGAAAGAAGAGAGAGAAAGAAAAAAAACCCACAAAAUAUAAAUACAAAUGAGUGUAAACCCUGCUAGUAGUGGUGGCAGUGGUGGUGGUGGAAGCAGUGGUAGCGGUGGUGGUGGUGGUGGUGGAGGUGGAGGGCCAUGUGGGGCUUGCAAGUUUUUGAGGAGGAAGUGUGUGCCAGGGUGUAUAUUUGCGCCAUACUUUGAUUCAGAGCAAGGGGCUGGUCAUUUCGCAGCUGUGCACAAAGUGUUCGGGGCAAGCAACGUGUCCAAACUUCUUUUGCAUAUACCGGUGCAUAAGCGACUCGAUGCGGUAGUCACAAUAUGUUAUGAGGCACAGGCUCGGCUUAGAGAUCCAGUCUAUGGCUGUGUUGCUCACAUCUUUGCACUUCAACAACAGGUAGUGAAUUUACAAGCAGAGCUCUCGUACUUACAAGCCCACCUUGCAACAUUGGAGCUACCAUCACCACUACCACCACACCCUUCACCACCUCCAACAAUGAUGACACCGCCACCACUCUCAAUCACCGACCUCCCUUCAGCGUCCUCAGUGCCUGCCACGUACGAUUUAUCUUCUCUUUUCGAUCCCAUGGUGCAACCUUCAUGGCCCAUGCAGCAGCGGCCCAUGGAUCCACGUCAAUUAGGAGGCAGUGGCUCAUCAUCAUCAGCUGGUGGCGGUGAUCUACAAGCAUUGGCACGAGAGCUCCUUCAUAGACAUGGCACUCCAUCGCCCGGGUCAGUGCCAUGCUCAAGUCCUUCACCAUCACAAUCUUUCUCCAAAUGAGAAUAUAUAUCUUAUCAACAAACACUUAGCUUGGGUUCUUGUUGAUCAAAUACUAGGAAGAGAACUUGAAUUUUCAUGUUUUUUUUAAUGGGCAAGUAAUUUUAGUA